AUUAUUGAGCUGAAAAGACUAAAUACAACAGCUUCGACCCCAAGCAAAUGAUGCGUCGUCACACGUGUGGAACUCGAUCCCCCGCGAACUUCAAACCGAAGAGUACGCAUGCGCUAGCCCCAACCUCUCGCGGUAUUGCCCAUAAACAUGCUUCUGGAAAAAAAUCUAAAAUGUUGAGUGAAUUCUUUAUUAUUUCUCCUCGAGGAGAUCCGCUUAUAUACAGAGAUUACCGCGGCGAGACUGCGAAAGGAUCGCCGGAGAUAUUUUACAAGAAGAUCAGAAGCACCAAGGAAAAAUUACCGCCGAUUUUUAAUGUUGAAGGACUGAACUUCAUCUUUAUAAAGCGGAAUGGCCUAUUCUUUGUGUGCACCUCGAAGUUCAACUUAUCUUCAGCAUUUGCAGUAGAGGUGUUGUCUAGGGUCUGCAAUUUGUGCAAGGACUAUUGUGGAAUCAUUAAUGAAGAGGCCAUCAAAUGCAACUUACCUCUGAUCUAUGAAUUACUGGAUGAGGUUUUAGACUUUGGUUAUGUCCAGGCAACCUCGACUGAAGCUUUAAAGGCAUAUGUAUUCAACCAGCCUGAGCUGGUGGAAAAUUCUGGACAGUCCGUCUGGCAGUGCUCAGGGGGCAAUGUGUAUGGAACAGAGAGAAUGUCUCUUCCAAGUACAGCAGCUAAUAAGCCUGUAGUUCCACACAAGACAAAUGAGAUAUUCAGAAAAAGUCACAAAAAUGAGAUAUUUGUGGAUCUUCUUGAAAGACUUACUGUGCUUAUCAGUCCAAAUGGAAGCAUUCUGCGCAGUGAUAUAGAUGGAUGUAUUCAGAUGAAGAGUUUUCUCACUGGUAGCCCUGAUGUGAGGAUAGCUUUGACUGAGGAUCUUACUGUUGGCAAUGCUGAUAUGCCUUCCCAAGUUUCAAGUAUGGGAGUCAAGCUUGCAGACUGUAACUUCCACAAGUCUGUGAACCUAGAUGAGUUUGAGUCUUCACGUACCUUAUCUGUCCUACCACCUGAUGGCGAGUUCACAGUCAUGAGUUACAGAGUUGCAGGAGAGCUAGAAACUACCCUACCAUUCAGUAUUAUCACAUUUGUUGAUGAGAAUGAGGAGGCAAGAUAUAUUGAGGUUAUGCUUAAGCUUCGCUGUAACAUUCCUUCUAGUAGCUCAAGCAACAACAUCAUUGUGAGGGUACCAGUACCAAAGUCAACUGAAAGUUUGUCACAUGAUGUGGGCCAUGCUGGCCACUCUGCAGAGUACAAAACAGCUGAAAAGUUGUUGCUCUGGCAGGUCAAGUCAAUCCGAGGUGGAGCUGAAGUCGCUAUCAAUAUCAAGCUCAAAUUGAAAGACAAGGCGAAGUCAGCACGGAAAGAACUUGGACCUGUCAGUUUAGACUUUGAGAUCCCUAUGUACAUCUGCUCCGGUCUUCAAAUUCGAUCCUUGAAAGUUUACGAGAAGGAGAAAGCCUACCAUCCGUUCCGCUGGGUGCGGUACAUAACUCACAGUGAUUCCUACGUCAUACGAAUAUGAAGAUGAUGAUGUCCGUUUUAUCGAAAGAUAGCCAUAAUAGCCCAGAUAGCAAUGGUAGCUAUGAUAGCCAUACAAGAGAAUUGUUCUCAUUACAUCACUCUCAAGGCAUAUUUAAUGUUGAUCACAUAUUAAUAUUAAAUGUAUAUUGUUUUUAAAUAUAAACAUAUUUUUGUACCAUAAA